AUGAAUAACACCAUCCCUGCGUUCUUUAAACCCAAGGUGCACGGCGUCAUCUUCGACAUGGACGGCACCUUAUUGGACACAGAGGAGCCGAGCCGCCUCGUUAUCGACGCCAUAAUGCGCGAAUUCGGCAAGGAAUUCACUAUGACCAUGCACAAAACCACCCUAGGGCGUCCUCCAGCCGACUGGACGCGCAUGGCAAUCACCGCCGCUGGGCUCAGCGAGGAGAUUAUCACCCCGGAAGAGUUAUUCAAGAAAUGGGAAAAGAGCAUGCGGGACAUGUCGGACCGCGUCGAAGAACUCCCGGGCGGCGUCGAGGUGCUGACCGCUCUGCACGAACGGGGCAUUCCCAUCGCGCUGGCCACUUCCAACAGCAGGAGCGUCGUGGAAGCCAAGAUUAAGCACCAUCCGAAGCUUUUCUCCUUCUUCUCCACGAUCGUAUGUGGUGACGACCCGGCCGUGAAGCGCGGGAAGCCUGCGCCCGAUAUUUUCCGCACGGCUGAUCCGGUCCACUUCAUGACUGCCUUCAAGGUGAUCAUGUCGCUCACUCAGUUCCAGAUCGACAACUACGACUGGCAGCUGUAA